AUGCAUUUGCGAACUUCAUCUUAAGGAGUGAGUCCGUAAAUAGAGAUUCUAUAAUCUGAACGUACCCUUCUAAAUACUCCAGUGACGCAGAGUGCAUUAUUUAAGACAUUUACUGAAAUGCCGAAAGCUAAGGCAUUCUCAAAAACAAUAUUGCGAAUACCAUCUCCAAGAGCUAGACUGAUGAUGUAAUUAACCCAUAACAAAGUUUAACGGGAAUAAAUAAUUUCACAAAUGACAGAGAGACACCAAGAAGUUAUAUCAGAUGCAUUAGAUUAAGGAACUCAAAAGAAAUUAAAAAUCAGAGUUGUAUAAAAAUUAAAAAGGAGAGACCAUUCGCCAAAAAAGAGAGUGAACCUAAAGGAAGGAGCCAGAGUGUACCAAAUGCCUAAUUUGGCUUUACCAACAGUAGAAGCUGAAAUUGAUCAUCCUCCCCAGUUGACAUUCUAUGGUGAAACUUAAGAAUUUUUUAGAAGUGCAAGAAGUUUCAGACCUUCUUUUACUGAGAGUGGAUCGAUGGCGUUGUAUGGAGAUUCACUAUAUUUGUAUGGAGGAAUAGCAGGAGAUGGAAUUAGAGAUCAAAUGCUUAGAUUCGAUUUAAGUAACUUUAUCAUUUAAGUAGGAUUUCAGGAUUGGCAUGUAAUAAAUGCUUAAGGGGAAAUGCCGAAAAAUGGUCGAGCAGCUUUGACAGUAGUGGCUUUGAGAAAUCAUUUCAUUUAUUUCGGGGGGUCUUGCAAAUUCAAUAUAAAAUUGAAAGUGCGAGAAUGUUUUAACACUGUGUUUGAUUACAAUGCAAGCACGAGGUUUUGGGAGAAGAUCAACGUCUAAGGAGACUACAUAGAACCAAGGAGACAUCAUAAGGCAUGUAUUUAUGGAUGGAAGUGGAUGCUUGUUUAUGGAGGAGUUAACAGCAGUGAAUAGGUGCUUAAUGAUACAGCUUUGUAUAAUAUAGAGAAAAUGAUAUGGAAAUAAUGGGACGUCAAAUCAACUCCUAUUUGUUGUCAUUCAAUCAUCAACAUCUCCUAAUCCUCGAAAUUCAAUGACAAUACUACUGAUCUGAUUCCAGUUGAAACUAUUUACUGCUUUGGAGGUAAGAAUCAGGAUGGGAAUUCUACUAACAUUAUGAAGAAGUUAAUCUUCUAUCCUAAUACUACUACUGCUAUUGCUUGGGAGACUGUUUAAACUGAAGGCAAACCACCUAUGCCUUGUCAUAACCAUACCAUGGAAUUUAUAAAAAAAAUACAAGGCAUCGUUAUUUUAGGAGGAUAAAGAGAUUAAAUAAUAAAUGGAUGUCUGGAAUCCAGUGAAUGUUUUAUUUUUUAUCCCUCCAUAAAUCUAUGGUAGUAAGUAUUAAUCGAAGUAUUACUUAGUUCAAAAAUAGCUGUCUUUGGGGGAAUAGGUAAUGGCAGAUACCUAGAACCUUUAAUUAACUAUAUAGAAACAGAUUAGACUCAGGUUUAAGCACGGGUUACAAAAGAACAGUUUACUAAGAGAUAGAAUCAAUACCUAUUGAAAUCCUAAAAAAAUAGUUUAGAAAAGAUGGAGUCGCUUACUUAUUCUCCAAGACAAUUUACUUCAUUUCAUAGUGAAGGGUAUAAAGGAUAGGGAUUCAGAUUUAACACAAAGCGUCUCUCUUGUAUUGCUUAAUCUACUCGAUCAUAUUUACCUUAGAAAAGACAAGUGUUAGUCAGAUAUGAUAUAUUAAUAGGAGAACUUGGAAAUCUUGAAUAAUUUUGA